AUGUUUUCCAAAUGGAGUGAUGAAUAUGAACAAGGAGUAGAUGAAUAUGUCAAAAAGGCUUUUGCUUCUAAGUCUCAAGGAAAUAAAAUUUGUUGUCCUUGUGAAAGUUGUCAUUAUCGUUUUUGGCGUCAUGAGGGUUUUGUGAGAGACCACCUUAUUUGUAAUGGUUUCAUUCCAAGAACGGAUAAGUUGUCAAAGUUAGGGAUCGGUAUCGAAAGAGAACGAACUAUUUUGGAUAAUGAUGAAGGGUCAAACCCAAAUGAUUGUAAUGAUGACAUAGUAGGGUUGUUGCAUGAUGCACGUGAUGCUUUUAGAAAGGGGCCAAAUGAUGAGUGUGAUCAUAAGCUAACCAAUGUCGCUUUUGGAGAUAUAUUGGAGCUUAUAAUGGAGGUGUUACCUCAUGCAAAAAUGCCUGCUUCUUUUAAUGAAGCAAAAAGUGUUUUAAAAUUGUUGGGGUUGGAUUACAAUAAGAUAGAUGCAUGUCCAAAUGAUUGCAUGCUAUAUUGGGAAGAGCAUGAAAAAGCAACAAGCUACCAUGUUUGUAAGACGCCAAGGUGGAAAUCAAAUGACACAAAGAAUGACAUUCAAAAUGAAAAUGGAAAGACCUAUAGGAUUCCUCAAAAGAUUCUUAGGUACUUUCCAAUAAGGAAAAGGCUUCAACGACUAUUUAUGUGUCAAGAGUUGGCGAAAUACAUGACUUGGCAUACUGAUGGGCGUGAAAAUGAUCAUCUUUUAAAUCAUCCAGUUGAUGGUCAAGCUUGGAAGGAAUUUGAUUAUUUAUAUACAAAGUUUGCUGGUGACCUGCACAAUGUGAGGCUUGGGUUAUCCACGGAUGGAUUUAGCCCAUUUAACUCGAUGAGUAUUGUACAUAGUACAUGGCUAGUAAUGCUGAUCAAUUAUAACUUGCCUCCUUGGCUGAUAAUGAAGCCCGAGUUUUUUAUGCUAGCCUUACUAAUUCCUAGUCCUUCUUCCCCAGGUAAUGACAUUGACAUAUACUUGCAGCCACUAAUCAAGGAUUUGAAGGAUUUGUGGGAGGUUGGACUGGAAAAAUAUGAUGCUUCCCGCAAAGAAAUGUUCGACAUGCAUGUAGCCUUGAUCACUACCAUAAGUGAUUUUCCAGCUUACGCUAUGUUAUCAGGGUGGGGGCACAAAAGGAUACUUAGCAUGCCCUGA